GACGCAUUGCCUGGUCAUCCAGAUCGGGUUUUUGUUUUUCCUCUGGAGUCUGGGGUCUCAAAAAGUCUUCUUCGAGUCUUGGCAUUUUCGCUCGCUCUCUCCUUCUGCGCUCGUUUUCUCUUCUUCGAUUUCAAAAGAAGGAAAAGAAAACCCUAGAUUUUGGCGGCAAAAUGUCGGGCAAAGGAGCUAAAGGCUUGAUUACCGGUGGCAAAUCGGCCCUCAACAAGGACAAGGACAAGAAGAAGCCCGUCUCUCGCUCCUCGCGCGCUGGCCUCCAGGAAGCGAGGAUGACAGAAUGGUGUGGUCUGAUGCUAAGGGGAGGGUGUUGGAAAUGAGAUUAAAGGUCAACCUUUUGGAAGCUGGCUGGCCAUCAAAGUUCCCAGUGGGUCGAGUCCACCGACAGCUGAAGACAAGGGUUGCUGCAAAUGGAAGGGUUGGAGCAACAGCUGCUGUGUAUACUGCUGCUAUACUGGAGUACUUGACUGCAGAAGUGUUGGAGUUGGCUGGUAAUGCUAGCAAGGAUCUGAAAGUUAAACGUAUUACACCUAGGCAUUUGCAGCUUGCCAUCCGUGGUGAUGAAGAACUUGACACUCUCAUUAAAGGAACUAUAGCUGGUGGAGGAGUUAUCCCACACAUUCACAAAUCACUCAUUAACAAAUCCUCCAAGGAGUAGUUUAAUGCCCUUGUCUCUCUGUUGUUUGUACUGAGCUCUAGAAAAACGUUUAACGGUGUUGGAUGUCCAUCCUAGGAGGCUGCUUUUUCAAUUAUGCAUUAGAUCAUAUACUUGAUUUGUUUUCUGCAAUGAAGUAAAUUCUUGAACAUUUAAUCCGUUGACCUUGAUGUUGA